AUGGUUCGUGAUUCUAUAAGAUUUUACUGUACUAUAUGUACACGAUCUAAAAAAGGAUAUAAGAGUUAUUCUGGAUUGCAACGACAUGAAACUUCAAAACAUGCAUCAUAUAAUUUAUUGCCAAAUCAUAUUCAACAAAUACCAAAAUCAGAACUUGAUCAUUUAAAAAAUGCUAUAAUUAAAGAAUUGCAAAAAAAACUCAAAAAUCAUUACCGUGCUAUUGGAGAACAAGUAUUUUCAAUACAUUGUAGUGAAAAUGCCUUUGUGGGUAUAUUUGGAUCUUAUAUUACACGUUAUUCACCAUGUGGUUCCUUUUACUUUUGUAAUUUUAGAGGAGAAAAUGCUGUUGAAACAAUUGGGUUAAUUUUUAACAAUAAUCAAUGGUAUCAACAUGAUUAUGAAAUGAUUGUAGAAUGGAGGGUAAUUGGAUUUAAAGAUAAAGCAAAUAAGGAAUAUAAAGCAGGAACACUAAAAAUUCGUUUUUUUAUAGAUCAAUGUCAAUUUUAA